CUCAUCCCAGACUCGUCAAGCACGGCCUCUGGGACGAUGGCGAGCGCGCUUUCGCCACUGGGAUCUGAGCCCUCGGCUGUUCCGGACCUGGACCGUGACUUCGCAUGGGCUCGAGAGGAGCUUUCCAGCGCUGCCAGGCGGCUCACCCACGUCCAAGAAUGGCUCGCUCACGGAACGCAGACGUUUCAGGAGGAAUCCCGGGCGCUCCGUUCUGAACUAUCGGAGCUCAGAGCGCAGAGGAUCAAUGACUCUGAGACAAUAGAGAGUCUUCGAAGGGAAAACGAGGCACUGAACAGAAGAGUCGAUCCAUUAACGAAUGCUGCUGUUGCGAAACUACGGCGCACUCGACAAACUUUGCGAGAUUUACUUGAAGAAACGGAGGUUGCUCUGAAAGAUAUUACGCAGAUAUCGCCGAAUAAGAUAUAUGGUCGCGAUACUGAGGAACCGGACUUAUCGUUCCCACCGGCGGGAUCGACUCCAGAAGGCCAUGGACGGUAUGCGACUGCAGCUCGAGAUAGCGGUUCAAUAUCUCCCAGGUUCGAACAAAUCCCGGACAUGCCAUCGGAAGAUAUGCUGGGACUUUCUGGAGUGCGCAUGGGUAAAAAGAGGCCAACCUCGGGAACAAAGCUCCCGAUGCGGCAGGAGGGGUCGCGGGUCAUAGCAGAUCCCCCGAAAUCAGGCAGCGAAGAUACAGCGGACAAAAAGGAGAAAGGUAAAGGCCGUGCGACCAGCGUGACAGCAACGCCCCCACGAGCGAUAACUCCUGUCUGCGUACACCCGAGCCCGCACGAGCUAUCCCAGGAGGUCACACCGAAAGUCGAUGCCCCAGUAAUUCCGGUGCGUGGACCAUCCAGUGGACGUAGCACAUCAGCAGCCAGCACCCGCCCAGGAAGCAGUUCUAGGACGCACUAUGAGGCUGACACCAAGGAUUCCACGACUAGUCCGUCCGAGUCCGUAUCAGGGUUUUCCGCGGCAGUGAUGUCUCAGCCGGAGACAACUGGUAGUGCGAGGAAAAUAAAAAGGCGGUUCGUGCAGUGGACGAAGCCGCCGGCCGCUUGUAAGAGGCCAUUCGGUGCUCUAAGCGUGGAAGACUUGAGGAUAUAUUUGCAUUUGGGUUUCGAUACAAUAACGGAGUUGACGAGGUUACCUCUGGUGAAGGAGCACAGAAUGAGAGUCAUGGUGGACGGGAAGAGGGCCUUCUUAUACGAGCCUUUCAUACUGGAGACGCCCAGCUCCUCGUACCUGAUCGAUUGGGGGACCGACGAUACAAACCGGGAAACAGAGCGGUACAUCCUUGGCGAAGAUGAGGCUGCUACUGAAAAUUGGUUUUACAUCGGAGCCCUCCGCUGGAAGCGAACACAACUGAGAGAUGUGUGGAAGACUCUGGUACCUAAGGCGAAGCACCAACUGACAGUCAAGCUAAGAGACAGAUGUCCGGAAGGGCCGGGCGUAGCCGACCUGGCGGAGAUGCUCAACACCCAGCAGCUUAAACAGCUGAUUUUUCAUCUGGAUGCAGAUCAGCAUAUCGACAGUUCCUGCGCAUUUGCAGAGGAACUUACGGAGAGGAUGCAGAUGAGACGAGGCCCGGGUUCUCCGUAG